GACCGGCCGAUGGCUGCCGCCGAGGCCUCGGGCAGCCCGGGAGGCGCCUUCCUUCCAGCCGUGGCCCCGGCGCAGGAGCGGCUGCCCGCCUGGCGGGAGGACGGAGAGAAGGCAGGCCACCGGCAGUACAUCCUCCACUACCGGCGCCGCGCUCCUCGCAGCGGUGCUUCUGCUUCCACGCCGAGGCCACGCGCCGCCGCCCGCUGGUGGACACGCGCACGGGGCAGGUGCGGUACUGGGACGUCAUGUGCGGCUUCUUGGCGGAGCGUGGGCACUGCCCCAGCGGGGACGCGUGCCCGUUCGCGCACACGCGCGAGGAGAUCUCCUACCACGCCGCGAAGUACAAGACCAAGCUCUGCAACGACGCGGACUGCCGCGGCGAGGACGUGUGCUGCUUCGCGCACCGGGAGGCCGAGCUGCGCGUCCGGGCGCCCUCGCGGUACUCCUACCGGACCCUCGUCGGCGACAUCCCCAAGAUCACACCGAAGGGCCACUGGCCGCUCGACGUUCCCGCCCCCUUCGUCCCGACAGCGCUCGCCCCGGACGAGCACGGCCACGUCCUGCUCGGCGCCGCUCGCGGCGGGCCAGCGGCGCUGCCCUGCCACGGGGUCUACAGGCACCGCUUCUGCGCCUCUUGCCACCGAAAACAUCGCCGACUGCCGCCGGGGCGAGUCCUGCGCCUUCGCCCACAGCCGCGAGGAGAUCCGAGUGCCGCUGCUCUCGGUCGGCGAAGAAGAGCAGAGGCCAGAGGCGUUGACGAGCGACUUCUUCGUGUACAGGUUCAAGACCCACUGGUGCCCAGUGGGGGUGCAGCACGACUGGCAGAAUUGCGUGUACGCGCACAACUACCAGGACGCGCGCCGGCACCCCAGCAUCGGCUACGGACCGCGCCCCUGCCCGUACUGGAAGCGCCAGGAGACGUCGCUCGAGUACUCGCAGCGGUGCCCGCUGGGCGUGCGGUGCCCCUACUCCCACGGCGCCAAGGAGCAGCUUUACCACCCUGCCUACUUCAAGACGGUCGCGUGCCAGGACCCUCCCGCCACCUGCCCGCGCGGGACGCUGUGCGCCUUCUGGCACAAGAGGUCGCAGCAGCGCGGCCGGGCCACGUCCAAGGAGAAGUUCAACUACAAGGCGCCCCUCACGGAGGAGCAGACCCAGGCGAACCUGCAGCUCGACUUCUUGACGCCUCCGUUCAAGCUGCUGAGCGCCGCGCAGGAGUUAGACGCGUGGGCGCUGCAGCCCUACGCCUUCCACGACGCGGGCGCCCUCGAGCCAGGCAGCCUACUACCCGGAGAGCUCGGCCCCGACGGGGCGGGCACCCCCGCCGCGCGGACGACUGCCCCCGACAGCGACGGAGCCUCCGCGGCGCCCACGCCCGGGAGCGACGCGGCGCUGGCCGCACCUCAGGACGCCAGUUGGUCCGGAGGCAUGGCGGCCCAGCCGUGGGUGCCGCAGAUGAUCUGCUACGUGCCGAUGCCCUUCGCGGGGUCCAUGCUCGUGGAGGGGCACGUGGCCAUGGUGGGCGCCGAGGACGGCUGGCUCCCAGGCGCUCACCAGCAGCUCACGCUCCCAGGGCCGGUGCCGGGGUGCGCCGCCGCCUUGCCCCAGGGGCUCGCCGGCGGGCGGCGCGACGACUACUCCGACAGCGAGGACGGCCUCUCCGCCGAGAAGCUGCCGGGCAGCGCGACGGAGACGACGACGGACUCCCCCAGAGACGAGAGGAUGCCGAGCCUCCACGGCUUCAUCCACUUCAAGGACGCCGAGCUCGACAGCCCACGGGCCCCUUGCCGCCCACGCGCCAACUCGCACUGA